AUGGAUCCCCUCAAGCAAUAUCUUCAUAUCCUGAAAAAAGAUAUCGCAUGGCACAAAUUCGUCGACGAUGGCCAGAAAUGGCCGCUCAACGUGCGUGAGCUAUGUGGCGGACUACUCACAGAUUCUCGACGGGUUCCACCUUGGGUAACGGCGGGUCCCUAUCCUGCCGUUGAUCCUCGAACGGAACCCCUGCUGGAGGAAUUGCAAAACACGUUCAAAUCGCAUGCUGGCUCACUCGAAGAUGCGGUCUUCGAUCAGCAAUUACAGGGCAUGUUCGGGACCCUUCUCAGUGAUUGCGCCAGGUUGCGGAAUGUCAUUUCAUCCGAUAGUCUCUGUGGCAGCGCCAAUCCGAAGGAAUCAUUCCUGAUUGUCAUGAUAUCCAACGUGAUGUCCUCCGUGACAGCAGAUUUUUCCAUAGAUGAAAACGUUUUGGUCGCCUUGCCACGCUAUCGUGGCGGCGGGCUGAACGUACCUACGAGAUUCAUGUCGAAUUCCAUCCAGGUACCGCUUUUGAUGUCUGUUUUUGCGGAGAUCCCCGACGACAACUCUAAUGCGGACGGAUCUGAUGCAAUGGUGAACGAUCCUGAUACUGACGAGGCCGACUCUGAGGCAGAGUCGCCCAACCCGGACGCGGAGCAACAUGAGGACGAAUCUAGUGAACCAUCUGAACCAUCUCGGCCGGUUUCGGUCACUUCACCAAUGUCCAUGUCGACAUUUCUCUCCCUAUGCGCGAAGCCCGUUCUCAUAGAGGAAAGCGAUAGUGACUCAGAAUCGGUGUACGACCCCCCUCCACCGGCGGAGUUGAACGCACACAUCCUCGUGUAUCCGCCAUCGAGGGAACUGCCCAAGCGAUGCCCUCUGCCAUUUCUGUGCGUUGCGGAGGAAGAUGAUCUACCUCUCGUGAUGAUGGCGAUUCUCUGCCAGCGACAUGUAUGGAAGAUUCACGAGCCUGUCGUCGGUGUCAGGUUUUCCAAAUAUCAUACCACCAUUUCUUUCUACAUCGGAUGGUUGGAUGAGAAUGUGGACAAAGAGGGCUCGUUACCUCGUGUACAUAUUGGUUCCUUAGGGCGAGAUGGGUCCCUGGAUCUGGCCUCACUUGAGGGGGCGUUUGCACUGUGCCAUGCUGCGUUGGCGUUGCAAGGAUUAGUGGCGAGAACAUGCAGCGCUGCAGAAGCUGCGGUCACGCUGGUUGCGGAGGAAAUACAGGACGAUUCUAUUUCUAUGUGGCGUCUGGACACGGAAGAAGGUGUUCAUUCUGUUGACUCGCCUGAGGGCCAGUAUGACAGGAUUGAAGCGUGGGUAGGAGGUCUUGCCUACAAAUACCCCGCAACCGCAAUGAUCGAUUCUAAGAAGACUGCACGAAAAGCGAGAAAGGAGGGGACCUCGGACUCGUCUGGCCCUUCGAUAGGGUCUUCCAAUUCUACAGAUUCUAAGCCUUCGAGCCUGUCGGUGAUUGCAAUUCCAGAAGAGGUGGAGUUGGAACAGAAAGGCGAGAGUCAAGGCUCAAAGAAAUCAGUGUACAAGCCGAUGUCAUGUUCUUCAUUCGCCGCUGAAGCUGCUAAGAAGGGGAAAGGUGCACUUAUGCAUGACUAUCUAUUCGAUAGACGCGUCGUACUCUCUGCACUAUGUCGCAACCCCGUCAUUUUUUCAUUGUAUGAAAUUUAUGCAGGAGAUGUAUGGCCAUUGCAUUGGAAAACACUCAAUGAUAUGCCCUCGGUUGAUCCCUCCCUUGAACCGUUCCGACAAGAGUUGUUUGCACAGGCACAGCAACAUCGUGAACUCAGCGCUGUAGCACCGCGGGACGUACCCGUAGAGGUCCUUCCGCUGUUAGAGGGAAGCUUACCUCUGAUUCUUGCUGUGGCGAAACGGGCGCAGGGGAAGGCCCGAUCAGUGAUUCCUCCAUCGGAGUCCGUUUGGCGUCACGAUUUCGAUUCUCUUAUCUUUGACUUCUUCACUAAUGCGUUAAAUGGAGCAAACAGCCUGUAUUCUCCAGGCAGCUGCUCGAGUGACGCGCCAAAGCUUCAACUUCCUGAUGACGACAGGGUCAUUCCAUCAACGGAACGCAUGAUAUAUUUACCCAAGGCCGUUGGUAUGGACCAAAGGUCUGCGGGAGACUUAUUUCUCCACAUCGGUAGUGGGCUCAGCUCCGGCGAAACUUAUGAGAAGAUGCUAAGGCAACGGAUUGGACGCAAUGAAGAUCUCCUUGAAGCCCGUGACCUAGAGCAGAAUGCACAGUUCCAGAUUCUAACUCAUGCGCAGGAUUGGCGGCAGCGUCGAAAGUGGGAUGGAUAUGCAUCUGAGCGUCUCAAAGAAGAUCCUUAUCGGGCUACUUGCGAUGCUCUCGGGACAGUCUCGAUUGACCUUCCAGUGAGACGGGAGUCUCUCGCGGCCGUGCAGUUGGUGGCCACAGCACCGCCCAAAGCCCCAUAUAUGGGCGCAUACGAAGACAAGGAAUCCACGCCUCGUACGAAUGCAUUAAAUGGAACAAUCAGCCUGUAUUCUCGGAGCAGUCUGUCGAGUGAUGCACCAAUGCGUCAACUUCCUGAUGACAAGAGCAUCAUUCUGUCAACGGAGCGCAUGAUAUAUUUACCCAAGGCCGUUGGUAUGGACCAACGGUCUGCGCGAAACUUAUAUUUCUACAUUCUUCGUAGUGGGCCCAACUCCGAUGAAACUGAUAAUGAGAUGCUGAAGCAGCGGAUCGGACCCAAUGAGGGUCUCCUUAGAGAAGCUGGCGACCUGGAGCGGAAGGCAUAUGUCCAGAAUAUAUAUCAUGCAACUGAUUGGUUGGAACGUCGCAGGAUGAAUGGAUACGCAUUGGAGCGUCUCAAAGAAGAUCCAUAUCGAGCCAUUUGCGACGCUCUCGGGACGGUCUCGAUUGAUCUUCCAGUGAGACGGGAGUCUCUCGCGGCCGCGCAGUUGGUGGCCACAGGAUCGCCAAAAGCCCCAUACGUAGUGGGCAUGCACGAAUCCAAGGAAUCCCUUGAUAUGCCUGACGACACUUCAUCUGGAGCAGCUCCGAUGAUUCACUUGCGGCAACAACUAUAUUCGUCCGCUCCGGCCCUAGAAACAGUGCCGGAGGUUGAUGACCCAAACCAGGCUUUACCUUCGAAUCCGGGCAUCCCACACUCCACCGGGAUACUUCCUCCUCCUGUAAACCCUCCGAAUACUAACUCGCUACCGACUCGCGAUUAUGCCAUUGCCGCGAGCUCCGUCUGUGAUACCGACCGCCUGUACGAAAAUGCAGAGGCACGUGCAUAUCUCGACGAGAAUCUUGAGGUCAUGUCCAAGCGACUCGAGGUGCUGACGGCGGGACAGAGGAAAAAUGCGAAAGUCAAGAAUCCUGUCUCAGUUCUAGAACUACCCGUGUUUAUGAUGGAAUACAAGAAGCAGGAUACAGAUAUUGGCAAGGGAGAAAAUCAGCACAGGCUGGCUUGCGCAUCGGCAGCGACAUUUCUUGACGUGCUGGGGCUGACCAAAAAGCCUGUUUUCAGUGGACUUACUAAUGGCCCGAGGGUGGCACUUGCGGCUGCUUGGAGUAGCGAUGGAUUCAUAGAAAUUUUCGAGCGGCAGACUCGUACCAUGGACAUCUCUACGGCGUUGGGAGCCUUCCAGUUUGCCAGCGUCCUAGCCAGACUUGCUAUCGUUUAUUCGAAAGAUCUUGUGGAUACUUUUGAUGAGGUGUCCAAACCUCUUCUGAUCAAAAAACUCAAUGAUCGGGAGUUCGAGAAGCCUGACUGCAAGCUGCAGUGGAAACAACCUGUGCCUCCCAAAUCCAAGAGAGGGGAAUCCGAAGAUGCUACAGGACAGCCAGUUUGGACAUCUGAAAUGGAAGAGACUCCAGUUCAGUAA